AUGUACAGCACUUUGUUCAGCUGUGGUUGUUUUAAAGUGCCUGUCCUUCUGAGCGAGAACAGACUGAUCAUCCAGCAGGUAUGAGCGAAUGAAUUUAUCUCUGAUUUUAAACAAGAACAAAUACUGAUGUUCACGUAACAUCCUGAGCUUUGUUGUUUAGUUAAUGACCUUAAUGACUUCUUAGGUCGCCAAUGCUCUGGAUCAUUUGAAGACCAUCGGUAUGAUCCACGCAGACCUUAAGCUGGACAACGUCAUGCUGGUGGACCAUCAGCAUCAGCCCUACAGAGUCAAAGUGAUUGACUUUGGUCUUGCAGAAGAUGUGUCAGCAACAAGACUGGGCUCAUGCAUCCAGACCCGUCCAUACAGGUAAGGAACCAGAACCACGUCUGAUAUCUCAGCUGCUUAUUGGGGGCUUGCACAUCAACACAUACUUAUGUUUUGUUGGAGGAUUUGCUGCAUUAUUUGUAGAAUUAAUGUGUGAUAUAUCUUUAUGUAUACAUCUAUCAUGUUUUUUUGUCCUCUCAUAGAUCUCCAGAGAUUCUUUUGGGGCUUCCCUACACAGAGGCCAUCGACAUGUGGUCUCUGGGUGUCAUGGCUGCCAGCAUGUAUCUUGGCACUUUUCUGUAUCCUGGUCGGAGUGAAUUUGAUAUGGUACUUUAAGUUUACUGUUUCUUUCUCAGAACAGAGUUUCAUGUGACUGAAAUAAUCAUCAAGAAUCAGCUUUUAAUUUGUAUUUUUUCUCUAAACUCCUCACUUAAUAACCUUUUCACAUCAAUGUGUGUUUAAUUGAAACAUAUUUUUUAAUCUUUUAAUUAAUUUAUUCUUUUAUGAAGAAUUUUUCCUCUUCACUUUGAUGUCACCAUGUAACUUCUUGUUGUGCUGCAUUUUCAGAUGAGGUUCAUUGUUGAGACUCAGGGUCCACCACCAGACAACCUGCUCAACCAGGGGCUCAAUACAUACAAGUUUUUCCAGAGAGUUAACCAGCCCGACUGUCAAUGGAAAAUCAAAGUACCUAACACUAACUCUUACCCUACACUUUACCAGUAGCCAGUCACAUUUUUCUUAAAUAUGGGUGUUGAUUUGGAGGCAUUAUUGUGUCUGGUUGGCUAUGAAGGUUUCCAGGUGUGUCAAAGUUAAACAUAGUCUUGUUUUUUGCCAAGUAUUAGUUUUCUGGGAUAUAGCUCAGGUGAAGAAAGCAUGAACCGUUCAACUGAUUUAUGCAAGUUGCUAGAACAUGCUUCAGUCAUUUUUAGGUUUUCUUUAUGCAAUGCCACUGAAUGUAAACAAAUACGAUAUACUGAGCAUUUUGAAACAGUCACCACCAGAGAAGCUGGAGUGUUGAGGGACAGUUUUUGUAGCCUAGCCAGAGUAAACGCAGACACAGCCCUAAAUAUCAGUGUAUUGUGACAGAUGUGCAUAAAUGAAGCUCUUUCUGUUCUUCUACUAGUGACAGUAAUUUAAGGGCAGUAAUGCUCUGACUUUAAAUAUGACCACAUUUGAAAUACCUCAGACACCUUGAUAGAUAUUGUCCCUUACACGUCUUGUACAAAACUAACUACCCCUGAAUGUAGCAGCUAACAAACACACUUUUUUUUAGAACUUGAAGGCGUACUUCCAGGAGACAGGGAUCAGGGCAAGAGAGACCAGAAGGUUCUUCUUAAACUCUCUGGAUGAACUUCUGAAUGUACGUACUUUUGUUUUUGUCAUUGAUUCAAAAAAAUUAUUUGAAAAACUAUUUGAGUUUUUGUUGAUUUUUUUGGUGAUAAAAGUAACACCCCUGACUGUGGUUGUCUUUGUCCUCUCUACAGAUUCGAAGUUUAAAGUCUGACACUCCUGCAGACAGAGUUCUGGAGAUGUGGGACAAGGAGGAUUUUCUAGACAUGCUGAAGGGAAUGCUCCAGCUUGAUGCAGCCGAAAGACUGACACCCUGUCAGGUGCUGGAGCAUCCCUUCAUCACCAUGAGUGACCUCACCGGCAGGAUUCCCUACACGUCUUAG